AAGGAAGAAAGUAAGGAAGAAAAAAUAGAGACAGUGGCUGAGAAAACGAGAAAAGAGAGACACAGUGAAUAGUGAGUGAGGGAGAGAGAGUGACUUGCACCUCCUUCGUUAUGUGUGACAGUCCAGCUCCACAGCCUCCUCCGCUGCCUCCCUCUCACACCCACUCUGUCUCGCAUCCACAUCUCUUCAUUUCACCGUCUGCUCCGCUUCUGCUCCUGCUUUCUGUUUAUUUCCCUUUCAUUUUCUCCCCCCUUCCUGCUUUUCUUUUGAUUCUCCAUCCUUCGACAUGCUCCUCACGUGAAGUCCGCCACAACUUGCAUAGCCAGUGGAUGCUGAGCAUAUAAAAAGAAAAGAAAAAAAAAAAAAAAAAACAAUAAGGCAAAUGCUCUUUCGGGGAAUAACAGAAAAAUCCACGCACAUUUGCAUCCUUCACUGAACGGCUUGAACGGAGCAACACUAUGGAUCUGUCAUUCAUGGCAGCGCAGAUCCCUGUCAUGACAGGAGCCUUCAUGGACUCCUCGCCCAAUGAUGACUACAGCGGUGAACACUCGCUCUUCAACUCCUCGGCCAGCGUCCACGCCGCUGCCUCGGCCGCCUCUGUACAUGGCCAGCAGGAUGAGUCGCAGUCCAUGUCCAGCGACGCCAUCUGGCUCUGGAUUGCCAUCGUUGCCACUAUCGGAAACAUAGUGGUGGUGGGUGUCGUUUACGCCUGCACUUUCUGAUGAGCAUAUGCUUACCAAGGACGAACACGCGGACAUCCUGCUUUUUCUGGAUCUCUGGACCCCUGAGUGAGGCCAUGCUUAGCAGAUACACAUACUCUCUAUGUCUCUCUCUCUUUGUCUCUCUGUCUCUCUGUCUCUCUCUCCCUCACAUUUGACUUUUGGAUCAGUUUGGGCUCCUGAGAGUGUGGUAGCUGUGAUACUAGACAAUGACAUAUAGACCACUAUAUUUCUUCAUCAGAGGGAAAGAUUUGGACUUGGCUGCAUUUGUCUGCACCAAGUGAAUUUGGGUACAACUGGAAGUUUGAGAAGAAGCAUUUGUUUACGACAGCUCUUUAGUUAAAAACAGGAACAGACCUGCGCUCUCAACCAACAAUCAAAGGAACUUUUUUUUUCCAGCUUAAGUUUGUCUCCGUGUUUCUCCUCAGACAACACCCUCACUUGUAAUGCAGAGAGAAGAAUGGAGAUUAAAUGGGGCUUAAGAUUCAGGUUGAUCCAGGCCAUCUUAAACAUGCACCAGAUAGUUGCUAAGCAAUUUAGGCCAGUGCAGUUUAAUUAUGUGACUGAACAGAGAUAGGGAAUGUUAAAACAUUUAGAAAGUACUGGGAUUAUUUUCAUGUCUGGCAGCCCCAAGGGCCAGGACUUUAGAGCUCAUUUAAGGGCUUAUUUGUGGAUGAAACCUAGUAUGAACACUGAUCAUUAGUGUGUAUUGUAUGUUUCUAAACAAUUUUACUGACAGGAAACAACAGGACACCGACUGUCAUUGAACUCUGUUAGGUACACAAUUAAAACCUCAAAACAUUUUUUGCAAUUCUAACUCAUAAAUAUACAUGAAUAAUGACUUUAUAAUUAGAUUUUGUGUUAAAUUAAGUCAUCCCCUUUCAAAUGAAUGGUUGUAUCGUCAAAUAUCUACAGUAAUAUCCACCAGGGAUUAUUAGAAAAUCUAAUUGUAUUGUCAUGGUCUGUUCAGUUAUGUUUAGAUAUUAUCUACAGAUGUAAACAAAAUAGAAUUAGAAGCACAAAUGUAAUCAAAUACAUGUAGCCCUCUUUACUCAUUCACCUCCUUCAUUUUGUAGUUGUUUUUCUCAGUAAAUAAAGCCUGUAAAUUCUUUUUUUUUUUUCAACACUGACAUUACUGACUGACAGAAGAUGAAAGCUCCCAAUAUUACAGAUGUGUUAGGGCUGAUAUGAAAUAAAAAUGGUAAAUGUAUGUCUCCAAAAGUAAUGUAACACUGACCAGCUCUUUAGUGAACUUUGUGAUAAAUGUAUAUCAGUGUGAGUGGGGACGUGAUGCCUUGUUUUGAAAUGAAUUUUUUGUUUUAUAUCAAGCCACUAUUCAGUAAAUUAGUUUUGUGUUACUGUGGAAUCUGGAGGCAGCUGUCUCCAUGGCAACUAAUCCUCAUCCUAAUUGGGAACAAUAGCUUUACUUCCAGUCUCAAGCAUUAACCUACAGCAAUUAAUGCUUUUCAAAAGACAAACAUACUACACAAGGCACUGCAUUUACACAAGUAUUAUAGAUGGUAGAAUAACUGAUGUUUGUGCUUUGCUUACAUUGUUUUUUUGCCCCUUUCUACAAAGGAAAAUCAGAUACAAAUACUAUUCGUUUUGCAGGGUUUUUUUUUUUCUAAAUGUACGUUCAAAGUCAGCAAGUUAUUUUAUCUGUCACCUGCUCUGUCUUUACAUGACAAACUGACUGAGCUAUAUAUUCUGACAGAUGCUUAGAGAGACAUACAAAGAGAGAGCUCUUCUUUUCAGUGACAAAUAUUUCUCCUGGGAUUUAGAGGACAACAUCAAUGUGCUUUAGAUUAAAGGAUACAAACCUGUCUCGUAAAACACUGUAUCUGUUCAAAUGCUCAUACACUGUAACAAACAAUACUGGCUUACUGCAUCAACUGUGCCAAUGUAAGGAGGAAUUCAGACACACACUAGUCUAAUCUCUUGUUAUUAUGAGUGUGCGCAUACGAUAUCCGGAGAAGGACUUUUCAAGCCUAUUAUUUUUAAUAAAUGGUUGAUGUAGAAAUAUUUAGACAUGUUGUAAACCACAUACACAAUGCUCCUUUUGUAAAGACAUGCUACUAUUAAAAUUUCUGUAUCAAUGCUCA